UUGUCCUAAACCUGUAACUUAUGUUUAGUAUAGGCUACUUGCUACACAGAAUGAUAAAAGUGGUCAAAAAUAGGCUACUAAUAAGGAUUUUAUUUCGUUUCGGGCGUUUAUUUUUUUUUUAGGAAACUUAAACUUAAAGGCGUUUAAAAUCACCCUCUGGUUGUUAACUGCUUAAUAAUGAAUGCCGAGGAAGAAAUUCGGGACCUCAAGGAAAGACUUGAAGAGCAAGAUGGAAACUGUAGGCAAGCUGCUGAGAUUGGUAAGGCGCUGUUAGAGGAGAAUAUACAGUUGAAAUCAAACAUGGAUGACAUAGUAAAACAGUAUUCAAAGAAAGUUGAAACUUUACAACAAGAUAAUUAUUCACUUUCACUCAAAGUAGAAGCUCAUGCUAAAGAAAAACUGUGGUUUGAUGAAGAAAUGUCCCAGUUAAGGACAGAUUUGCAUACACAGAAACAGAGUCUUUUAGAACAGUUUGAAAUAGAUAAAAAUCAGGAUUCACUUUACUACAAGAAACAAAUGAAUGAAUUAAAGUUAGAUUAUGAACAAGCGCAAGCCAUUGAAAAACAGUUAAAGGAGAAGAUUGAACAACUAGAGGAAUUACUUCAACAACAGUUAAACCAAACUCAGAUCUCUUCCAAAAGUUUCUAUGGUGAUGAACUUAACGAGAUGCAGCAAGAAUUAAUGAAACUUCAAGCUGAUAAUACUAAUUUAACAGCACAAAUGAUUGAUGCUCACAUGGAGUUGAAAUGUUCUCAAGAAACAUGUUCUAGUUUAAAAACUAAACUAUGUAGUAAAGAUGAAGAGAUCCAGGAGAUCCAGUGUCAUAUGACAUCAUAUUGUAAUAAUGUAGAGAAAUUGAAAACGGAAAAUGUAGAUUUAUCAGCCCAACUUGAAGCUCUGAGAAUGGAAACUAAUUCCCAUAAUAAAAAAGGCAAUUCCAUAUUUUCAGAGCUUGAAGAUAGAAGAGUGGAAGCAGAGAAAAGAUUAAUAUCACUGAGAGUUAAAAAUGAAACUUUAAAAGAAAAAUUAGAAAUUGAAAAGCAGUUACAUCAAAAGUUAAAGAUGCAGAUGGUAAUGUUAUUAAAGAUGAGUACAGGACGUAGUGAUAGUUCUACAGUAACAAGAUUACAAACACAAUUAACAGAAGCUAGAUCAACUAUCAAGGAACUAUUAGAAAAACUGGAAAAAUUUGAAAAUUCAGAGAAUAUACAGUUACCUAGUAUAACAGAUAUAGAGAAUAAAGUAGAUGAAGAAGAUAAAAAAUAUGUUCAAUAUUUAAUUACCAUGUUAAAAACAAAAGAAGUGGAAGUAAAUCGUGUUAAUAAUGAACAUCGCUACAAGAAUUUACAGUUGUUGGAUGUUAGUAAUAAACUUCUAACACAAGAAAAAUCAGUGGUGGAAUUACAACAAAAAAAUGAUGUUUUACGCAGUCAGAAUAUCAAAUUAGCCUUAAAAAAUGAAGAAUUACAAUUAAAAUACGAACCAGAACAAUUACAAGAUCAGGACAGUAAACAAGUUCUACAAAGACAAAAAGAAAAGAUUCCAUUAAGUGAAGUCAACACUGAUACAGCAGAACCUCAAAUAAUUGAAAAAAACAAUACUAGUUUAAGUGACUCUUCUUACUUACAAAUCGCUACUAGGUUAAAUAUUCCACGAAAAAAAGUUCCACUAUCAUUUAGAAAAACUGUCUCAAUAUCCAAUGAUGUGGAUAUCGUGAGUCCGGAUGGUAAAGUUGAAAGGUCAUCACUCUCAGAUGAUAAAGAGGAAACUGUGAAGUUAGAAAUUAAAGGAGCUGUGAGACCAAAAAAGGAGCAGAAAGUUAAACAAGUUAAAGUCGAACCAGAAAAUAUACAUGAAUGUAAACAACAAUAAGACAAUAUUUUGUUUUCAAAAACAUACUGGUUAAUUAGAUUAGCCAUCAGUAAAGCAACAGCAAACUUAUAACUGACCAACUGCCAAGUCGUUUAUUACUAACAGAAUCUCCCUCCGCACUCCAACAAACACAUUGCAUAUUCUAAGAGAUCAGAAAGAAGUGACAAAGAAAUUUCAUUCAAUUUAUAAUUCUUGUAAUCAACCUAUUGAUUGGUGAUGGGAAAUCUUCAUAGCAUAAUAAUGUACCAUGUUUAUUGGCAAUCUGUUUCACAGAGAAUUACGAGUCUAGUAGUAAUAUCUCUGUCAAAGAUGACUGCCUUAACACGUGCCGUCACAGCACAUGGCGUCAAUCAUUGGCUGAAUGGCGCAUGCAUGUUUACCUAAGACAUUACUGCUUCGGACAGAAUGCUGCCUUUUAGUCAUUUUAAUACCCAUUUACACUAAAUAGGAAAUAAUUUUUACCUACAAAUACUUCAAACGCCUUUAUUUAUUUUUCCAAUACAUAAAAAAAAUGUUUUAGUAUUUAAUUUGUCGCAGGAAAAAAUUUAAUAUUUGUGGCUCAUUAAAUCGCAUCGAUAUCAUCCUUAUCAGUGAUUGUAGCGGCUAAGCGAAAAUUCACUGCUGAUCAGUGUGGUUUAUUGGAUUUAGAACUCAUUUAAAUUUUGUGGCCAGAGAUCCCUUUUGAAAUUUUGUGCUAAUAAUAUAUGUAAAAUAAACAAUAGUGUGUUUAAAAAUAGGGGAGACAACUGUACAUAAAUGUCCCUACGGUCAUAUUAUCUCCCCUUAGACCACAAACAUACUCAAAAAUUAUUUAUCUACUUAUCUUUUUAAUUAUAAUUUAAUUUAUGUUGCAGAAAUGUAUAUUUUGAUUGUAGAUUAUAAUUUUUUAAUCUACGAUAUAGCCAUAUUAUCACCCUUUUGACUAUACACGAUGCUAAAAAAUUUUUUAUCAAAUCAAGUCUUAUAUGAUAAUAUUAAAAAUAUUGAUUGUAUAUUGGAUUAUUUACUCUAUGCAGGUAUGGUUAGUAUUACAAUGAUUGUGUAGAUUUGCUGAUCCUGUCUGCUAAUAGAACCAUGUUAUAGUGAGAUACUCAAGGUUUAGUCAAUAGGCAGGAAUCAACAUGGAUAGUAUUUUGUAUGUGAUAUACAUGGAUUUGUACAGCUGAAUCUAAAAUUGAUAUAAAUGUAUGAUAAACAAUAUACAUUUUUAUUUUGGGGGUUAUUUUGUCUAAAACAUUUUCCUAUUUGUAUGGUAACUAAAAAUCCAGUAAGUAUUUCUAUAUGCACAAAAAUCUCAUCGAUUCUUGGAAAGUUGUAUUUAUUAGCUUGUUCAUUUGAAAAAGGGGAUCACAAUCUGAUUAAAACACAGAUCCUA